AAACCUCCGCCUUGGGUUGGUUUCGCCGGAGCUUUAUCGAGGUGAUACGACGUUGUUCCACCGUCGCCGGACGGUAUAUAUUUGGAUAUCUUCGUCGGAUCCCUUCAUUUCCGAUAAAAUUCAAAUAUCUCUGCUCUUAUUAUCUUCGAAAAGUUGCUUUGAUUUCUCUUUGGUAAUUUGAUCGGAAUUCAGUUAAUUCGUCGGAAGAAGUUGCUUUGAUUUUGAAUUUUCACUGAUUGAAGUUGCUUGAAUUUCGAAUUUUGAAUUGGUUAUACUGUAUAUAGUAGUAAUAUGAUUUAGGGCAGCUGUGAGUUGGAAAAAAAAAAUAUAGGGUUAGGGUUAGUGUUAGGUUUUAGGGUUUUAUGGUGGUUAUGAUGAUUUGACAAUGGUGAGGUUAUUGGGAUUGACGCGAGGAGAGCCGGCCGAGUCACCUCGGGAGGUAACUCGGACAAUCCCAACGAGUGAGGACAUUGGAGAGAGUGGUUGGCUUAUUCGAUUCUUCGAUUCUGCAUUUUUCUGUGAGUGGAUCGCUGUUAGCUACCUUUACAAGCAUGAUCAUCCUGGUGUUAGGGACUACUUGUGUAAUAGGAUGUAUACACUGCCACUUUCUGGCAUUGAGAGUUACUUGUUUCAGAUAUGUUAUAUGAUGGUUCAUAAGCCGAGCCCCUCGUUGGAUAAGUUUGUGAUCGAUGUGUGUUCUAAGUCAUUGCAUAUUGCGCUAAAAGUGCAUUGGUUUUUGAUGGCGGAGUUGGAGGAUACGGAUGAUAAUGAGGGGAUAAGUAGGCUUCAGGAGAAAUGUCAGAUUGCUGCUACUUUGAUGGGCGAGUGGCCCCCCUUGAUAAAACCCCAAAACAGUUCAUCUACUUCCAUGGGCAAGAAUCAGGUGCUUAAUAAGUUAUUAUCUUCGAAACAGAAGCUUUUAUCCUUGACAUCUUCGCCACCAGCUGCACAGCGGUCACUGUCAUUUUCACCCUCUUCGGGGAGUUCAUUGCCACAGGAUGAUGGUAUUGGGAGUAAAAUAUCGUCGCCGGAGGAGAAUAAGAUUUUUAAGAAGUUGAUGCCGGGUCCAAAAGUAAGAGAUGCAUUGCUCUUCAGGAAAUCCGUGGAGAAGGAUGAUGAAGAACCAGAAAAAGAUAGUUUUUUGAAGAGACUUUUGAGGGAUAGUAGGGAUGAAGAUGUGAGGAAAUUAUCGGAUAAGGAUGAUGCGGAACCGGAGAGGGAUGGCUUUUUCAAAAGGUUCUUAAGAGAGAGUCGAGACGAUGACAGUAGGAAAUCUGUGGACAAAGACGAAGAGGAGUCAGAAAAAGAUGGGUUUUUCCGCAGACUUCUGAGUAAUAGUAAAGAUGAUGAUGCUAGGAAAUCCGUGGAUAAGGAUGCAGAGGAAUCAGAGAAGGAUGGCUUCUUCAGGAGGCUUUUGAGUAGCAGUAGGGAUGAUGAGGAGGAUGUGCACUCAAGUACAGAUGGAUUUUUCAAACGUAUAUUUCGUGAUAAUAAAAAUGAUUUGGAGGAUAAAGCAGGUACCAAACCUGUUGAAGAUGAUGAAAAAGAUGGGUUCUUCCGGAAGUUUUUGAAGGACAAAGAGAAGAAGGAUGUAAGAGAUAAAAAUGAAGUAGCUGAAAAGUCAACAAGGAGUUCUGAAGAUGAUGAAAAGGACGGGUUCUUCAAAAAGUUUUUUAAAGAAAAAUUCGAGGAUAAGAAAGAUGGGAAUGACCGGACUGAUGAGGAUAUUAGGAGGCAUGCAAAUGGCGAGGAAGAAGAGUCGUCAGAUUUUUCAUUGUUUCGUCGACUCUUUCGAGUGCAUCCAGAGGAUCCAAAAUCGUCAACAGCGAAUGAGAGCUGUAAUGGUGGCAAUUUUCUUGAGAGCAGUCCUGGUACUGAGAACUUCUUCCGCAAGCUGUUUAAGGACCGUGAUCGUUCAGUUGAAGAUUCAGAGCUUUUUGGUUCAAAAAAGAACAAAGAGAAACGUCCUGGCUCCCCAAAGCAGCACGAGAGGUUAAAUGCAAAACCUCCACUUCCAGAUAAUGGGGUAUCACAAUUUCGGAAAGGGGCAUACCAUCAGUCACUUGAUUUUGUGCAGUCACUGUGCGAUACUUCCUAUGGAUUAGUAGACGUGUUCCCAGUUGAGGAUCGCAAAAGUGCUCUUUGUGAGUCGCUAGUGGAGAUCAAUGCACAUCUAGCUGAUGCUCAAAACAGUGGAGGAGUGUGCUUUCCAAUGGGAAAGGGAAUGUAUCGUGUUCUUCACAUACCUGAAGAUGAAGCUGUUCUCUUGAAUUCAAGAGAAAAGGCUCCUUAUUUGAUAUGUGUUGAAGUUUUAAAAUGUGAAAGCCCCAAUACAAAAGACACAUCCAAUCCUCAAAAGCUCUCAAAGGGAGGGAUCCCUCUGGCAAAUGGAGAUGUUCUAUUGCCAAAACCUCCUCCUUGGGCUUACCCUCUGUGGACAGGACAAGAUAUGUACCACAGUGGUUUUGACAGGAUGUCAAUGUCUGCAUCUCAGGCCAUAGACCAAGCAAUGACUCAAUUAUGGGAUGCCAAAGUGAAAUUUGUGCGAGUGAAUUUUUCGGUGGAGAAGCAAUCAGAGUCUGCAAUAGAUCAUUGCAGCCUUGGUUCUGCUUCAGAAAGUUGUAGCCAAUGUAGAGAGGUCCCAUCUCUUCCAUUGAAGUCAGAUGCUUUUGAUCCAGAAUGGGUACAGGUUAUCUUGACUGUAGAUCCUGGUGUUAGGAUGGAGGAUAUAGUGGACCAAGAUCCACCAAGAAAGAAAGAGCAUCGAAGGGUUCCCAGUACAGUAGCUAUCGAGGAAGUCAAGUUAGCUGCAUUAAAAGGAGAAGCACCUCCUGGACUCCCUUUGAAAGGGGCUGGUCAGGAUUCAUCUGAUGCGCAACCAAAGGUCACAAAUGGUGGUCUUCCCAAGGUUAGUGAUGCACUUUCUGGAGAACUCUGGGAAGUCAAGAAGGAAAGAAUACGCAAAUGCUCCGUUUAUGGGAGAUUACCUGGCUGGGACUUGAGAUCUAGAAAGGUUGGAUUUGCUGCCAGUGAUUAG